UAGCAUACCUGAAUCAACUGCUGUCAAUCCUGUACCUACAGAAGUGACUAUUUUACAGUCAGAUGAGAGAAUAGUUGUAACAGAAAAUAGUUCACAAAGUUUAGAUUAUGCUGAUAAAAACACAGAAAAUUCUUCUGCUGAAGAUUCCAAAAUACGCAGACCUUCAAAAACUCCACCACCUUCUCCUGCUGAUGAAAUAGAUAAAGUAUAUGGAGAUAUUGAAAAGGUGAAAGAUGUGCCUGCUGCUGCUACAGCAACCACUGAAGUAAAAGAUGCUUAUGUUAGAUUACCUAGUGAAGUUGAGAUUAGACCUAUGGAGGGUGUUGGGGAGGUAGGUGGACAAGAAUUACUUGCUAGGUUGACUGAAUCAGAAACAUGGCCAUCUGGAGAUUUGGACACUAGUCAAGUGUCUGUAUCCAGCCUUCCUGAUGAUGAAAAAUCUGAACCAACAACUGCUACAGUUUCAAGUGCUGCUGCUACUGCGGCAAAUGACAGAAGUACUGCAGUAUCUGAAACUGUUGAAAUUGAUGAAGACCUUGAAGAUGAGACAUUAUCUCCAACCAAGUUCAAGGACCUUUGUUCAAAGAAAGUUUCACCAACAAAAUCUAUCUUUGAAUCAAAGAUUAUGCUGUCUCCCAAGCUGCCAACAAGUGCGCAGUUAACUCCAGAAAAGAUUCUGUGUCUUCAAGAAUUACCAUUGUCGCCAGUGAAGGAAGUUUCCGAAAUAGAGACCAAAGAAACUUGCACAAGUCCUUGUGCUGAAAAGUCUGAAACAGCGAAACCAAACCAACUUAUUUCGACACGAAAAGGGUUUCGAACUCGCAAAAGAUUGAGUCCAAUUCAUGAUGGAAAUAGAAUAGAGUCAAAAUUACCGUCUAGAGUUGACCGAGGCCUUAGUCCAAUAGCAGUGUUUACUGCCGGCCCAUCUGGAGUAGAAAAAGAAGAAAGUGAAUAUUUUGUGCAAACAUAUGAUGCUCCGCCUAUGGAAGAACCAGAACGUCAGUCUGUUGUAUUUUGUUCUAAAAGUACAGAAAUGUCUCCUAAGUCUACAUUUGAGACAAAAGUUUUUAGUAGUGUACAGAAUAAAAUUCAUUUUCCAAAUGAACAAAAGACGAAUUUAGAAUCUUCUGUAGCUUCUAAAUUCAUUCAAAGUGAUAUAUCUGAUGAAACUGUGAUAUCAGAUGAAAGUGCAAUUUUGCAAUCUGAGCAGUUAACCAGUCCAUUAAAGAGUGAAGAUAAAAUGUCCGGUACUUCUCCUGAUUUAAAUUUUGUUGUUGUUGAUGAACUUCAGAAUAGUUCUAUAAAAGUUGAAAAAUCAACGAGUCCAGCAUCAGACAUGAUGCUUGAUACUGGCAUUGGCACCGAUUCUCUCAUUACAACAGAUACUGCCAGUAGUCCAUUUCUACUUGACACUCAGUCACCGUCCAGUCUCAUUCCUAAGUCCAGUUCAGUAUCAUUGCUAAAAAAAAAUUUUUCCACUCAAACAAUUCAGGUGGAAAUGCUGUCUGCACAUACUAGUCCAAUUGAUGGGGCAUUCUCCCUCCAGGAUUCCAAUUUAUCCUUCUGUCCAACUGAAAGCAGUAUAAAGUCUGAUUCAUUAGAUGAUUUGAGUAGAACUUUAGGUACUCCAAGUUCUGAAAACAUUGAAGCAGAUGUUGGUAUUGAUGUUAAUGAUCCUUCUAUUUUAGAAAAAGUUAAAGAUGUAACAAAAUCUACUGUGAAAGAAUUCCUUGAAGAACAUAUAGUUAGUGAUCAUGAUGAUAGAAGUGAUGUAACUGAUCGAGAAGAACUUUCCACAUGUUCAUCCAGUGAAACUGGCGUUAAAACUGAUCAGGUAGUUCCCUUAAAAGAGGAGGCAAUCAAUAAAAUAUUAGUUAUUGAGUCAUUUAGAAAUGUUUUUGCUACGGAGCCCCCUUUUUCAGUUGUCGCUUCAAGGAGACCGGAACUCAUUAAAAAAUGCACUGAACAAGAAAAAAAGCGGAAGAGUGGUCUUACUUCUGAAUUAUUAAAUGAAGAAAGAAUAUUUUCAUUGCAUGAGCAGUUAUUAUCUGAAGAAAGUGCCUUGGAAAGCAGUACUGAUUCUGGAGUUGAUAUGAAAGAAACUAACCAAGGACUGAUUUAUCAAGGAAGUCCUUCCAUUUCAGAAGUUUCUGCAUUGAAAAAGACUAGUGUUCCGGAAACCAAUUCUGGAAAAAAAUUUGUUUCAGAUUUAGAUAAAUCUGAACAGACUUCUUAUUCAUGUGAUGAUUCAUCUGAAUAUAUAUCAAAAGUGGAGCAACAAGUACUGAAAAGUACUGCUGAAUAUAGUAAUAUAGCAUAUACUAAUAUAGAUGUGGUUCAUAUGCAACAGAUAUAUGAACCUUCAUCUGAAACAGACACCAGUAAAAAUUCUGUUCUUGCAAAGCAUAAUGAACUUUUUCGAUCAGAAAAUGUAAGAACUGUAAAAGAAGAGAUUUGUAUAAAAGAAAAAACUAAAUAUUGUUGGGAUGAUAAUGCUUUGGAGGUCUCCAAGUCCAAGUUAAGUUUUGAUAAUUCUUCAGAGCUUUCUGACAGUCAUUUGAAUAGUUUUACAAGAGUUACAGUGGAUAGGAAUAUUAGUGAUGUUCAAAUUGAAAUGCCACAAUUUGUCAGGAAUGUUGAAGAAGAAGUACUUCAUUCUGCUACUGCUCAUUUAUGUAUGUCACCUACUGCAGAUGUAAACACCAUUUACAUGCAACAAAUAUAUCAAACAAUUCCUACUGAAUAUACAAACAUGCCAUCUUCUAAUGACAGUUCUGCUAUUACUGAUAGUUCUUUCCAGCCUGUACAAGAAGAGCUUCUUGUUUCUCAAAGAUCUCAUUUAUCAUUUGAUGAUGAUAUCAAUAAAAUAGACCAACAUCACGAAUAUCAUAUAGAAAGUGCUUGUGCACCAGAUGAUAAAUCACUAAUGAAGUCAAAACAGCAACCGAUAGUUUUUAAAGAAUCAGUGCAUGUAGUUAAGCUAUCUGACAGAGAAACAUUUUCACAUGCUGUUGAUGAGAUAUUUAGUACUAUUGAAAGUGAUUCUACUGUUUGUCAUAGGAGAAUGAGUGAUGACAAUAAAGUAUUAGUAUCUGAAGCUACUGUCAUAAAAGAUAAAAGAGAUUCCCAAUUUAUAUCUGAGCAAAAUAAAUACAUUCCAAAACUUGAACAAAGUACAAGUACAGAUGCAACUGUUGAAGAAAAAACACAAGAUGAUGGCUGCGGCUUAACCACUCAUAUCAUCCAAAAGACAACUCACAUGACCAUCAGUGUGCAGGAGAAACCUGAGGAGGGUGGCCUUCAAGGUGCUGCCUCUGUUAGUUCUGAGCAAGAAGAAAUGGGAUCUCCGAAGUCACCAGAAUUAAGUUUUGCUGAAAAAAGAGACUUCUUCCAGAAAUUAUCACUUUCUUCGUCUUCACCUAGUACAACACCAACUCAUAGUUUGAAAACUAAUGCGACAACUGAAAUGAAAACUGAAGUAUACAUCUCUGAAGAUAUUAUAGCAAUUGCAGAUAGUUCUGAGGAACAACUGAGUUUUAUGGAACGCUUGAAGUUCUUUGAAAAAUCGGAUGAACAUCUUGUUAAGCCUGAAAUUAAAGAAAUAAAGAAAGAGGUGUGGACUGUUGUAACAGAAGAUAGUGCCAAGAGAAUUCAAAAAACAGAUGAUGUGUUUGAAUCACCUGAAAAAGAACGGGAAGUGGAAAUUGUAGAAAUACAUGAAAAUAUUGUAAAAUCUAUUAGUAAAGACGGAAAAAGUGUUUCGUUACCUCUUUAUGAAAAUAAAGAAGUUUUGGAAACUAACAAAGAUACUAAAGUAGAAGUUACGGUUAAAAAAUUUGUACCUGGAACCGAAAUGAUAGAAAUAUGUUCAGUGGAGAACAUUCCUGCAGAUCAAGAUAUAUUAAAAGAAAAUUUCAAGGCUCAGCAGUUGGUUAGUUUAUCUUCUACAGUGCAUCAGUCUGCGAAAGAAGAGCUUCACCAUCCCUCGGAAGUUGGUAAAGUAAUGCUAGAAAGCAAGGCUGAUGUCGAUGAUUCGCUCAAAAGUAAGCCAAUGUCUGUUCCUCCUUCAGAAACAUGCAGUGAUGAGAUUGAUCUUUUAGAGUCGAAAAACGUAGAAGAAGUUUAUAAGAAAAAAAGCGUUAUAGAAACUUAUGAGACAAUAUCUCGAACAUCGUCUGAAGUAUCAUCUAAAGCUGUUGAUAAAUCUGCUAUUUCAGAUUCUGAUAAAAUUCAUCAAACUGGAUUGCCACCUUCUGAUUUAUCGAAAUCUGUGAUUGAACCUGGUGAAUCUACCAUUUCAGACGCGAAAGAAGUUUCUGAUGAAGAAUUUAUUAGUAGAACUUACAAGACGAUAUUAGAGGUUUCUGCUGAAGUACCUAAAGCAACAGUAGAUGCAUUUAAAAAAGAAGAUAAAACUGACAAAUGGCAGAGAGAAUCUCCCGAUUCUAUUAAAAUUGUUAAAGAAACUAUGGAACCUUCUUUAGGUAAAAGUGAGAUAUUUAUUUGUACAGAAGAAACAUUAGAUAGUGUGAAAAGGAUUUUAUCAGUUGCUGAUGCAGAAUCUAACAUUGUAAUGAGUGAAAGUGCAUCGACUUCGACUGUUUUGUGUGAUGAUCAACAAAAAAGUGUGCUAACUGAAAGAGAGGAACGUGAAGAAAUAAUUAAGAAAACAGUAGCACAUGAACCUGAAGAAUUAACAGCUGCUCAUUUAGGUAUUGAUCAACUUAAGCAAGAUAUUCAUUCAAAACCUGAUGUAACUCAGAGAGAAAUAUUAUCUGAUCAUGCUGAACAAAUGGCUUCUGAACUGGAAAAAAAGACUGAAGUUGAAUUGAAACGAGACAAUUUUGAAAUACAUUCAGAUGGUACAAUUUCUGAUAUUGUUCAUAAGCAACUUGAAAGUGAAGUUUCACGUGAACAAGGAAAAGAAGCUGAGUUUGGUAAAGAAACUCAUCUUGAAUCUCACAUAGAUUCGUCGAAGAUAAAAAUAUUGGACCAGAAAGAGGCGAGCGAAGUAACUACCAAGGAAUCAGAUUUAGCGUUUAAAGGAAAAGAUACGGGAACCAAAAAUAUUGAUAUUGAGAAACUGAAAUCAAAAAUAGAGAAUGAAAGAGAAAUUGGUUUGCAUUUUGAUGAGAGUUUAACUCGAUCUCUUGGUAGCAACGAAGAAAAAUCUGAUUCUUGUUUCAGUUCUGUAAGAGAUCGCUCUAUAGAAAUUGAAUUUUUACCUGUUCUAGAAGUUUCAGGUGAUAUAAGCAAGGAAUCGGUAGAUAAGACAGGUCACGAAGCUUUAGGUACCCCUUGUUCGUUCCAUAAACAGAUGAGUGUUGACAGCAGACAGAGUGAUUUAGAUCAGAGCUUAGAAGAACAUGAAGAAAAACAUUUUGAUGAUUAUGAGAUUGAAAAAAAAGCUGAUGUUAGUCCAGUUGGUGCUGUUGAAAAAGCAGAAUAUGAGGAAGUUGAGAAAAAGAAACAAGAAGAUAUAGAAUCAAUUAUAUACAGGGAAUCUAUUUCUAGAGAAAAAGGCGGAAAAGAAACUUUCCAUUCAGUUGAAGUAACACAAUUUAAGGAACAUUCAACUGAAGUAUAUAGCGUUCCAACUGAAAAAUUGAUUGAAAAAUUUCCAUCGAAAAAGAUGCAUUUUGAACCUUUAACUGAAGAUAAAGAACCAAAAUUCCUUCCUCAUAAACUUGACCAGUUCCUUGAUUCAGUAACUCAAAUUGAUGAAUAUGGUGCAGGUAUUUCAUUACCAUCGGAUGUGGCUCCUAUUCAUAAAAGAACAGAAGAAUGGAUUGAUCAGAGUGGUGAAUUAUUGUUAAAAGAAGGAGCUAUGUUAGACACUGCAGAUAAUGGUCUUUUUGAAGACCGUCCACCGACUUUAGAGGAUGAACAACAUAAAAGGAGUUCCCCAACUGCUGAAUCUUUUGAUGAUAAGGCUAGAGUUGAGCAAUGUGACACUGACGUAAUGAUGCAGUUACUCGACUUCGUAUCCCGAAAUGAUAUCGAGUUAGCUGAAGUUCGCACUGAAGAUGAAGCUCCAGAUAUUGAAGAAGAUGUUUCUCCUUCCGCUGAAGAAGAGAUAUGCACCAAAGUUUCAGGUGAAGAAUCUAAAGUUGAUGAUAAAUUGCAUAGUAAGGAAUUACCUGCAAGCGAAGAGAAAACUCAGGAAUGCCUCAAAGUUGUUGAAGCUGAAAAUUUGUUACUCUCACCUCACCGUUCCUCAUUUGACUCUGUUACUAGCCCGUCAAGGAAAGAUAUUCCAUCAGAAAAUAUAGACACUAUUGUGGAGCUAACAGGUCAAGUAGAAGGUAUACAUCAUAUUAGGCAAAUUAUGCCUCAGUCUUCAUUAGAAGUAGAAAUCGGAAGUCGUGGAAGUGAUGAAUUGCAACUUCAUGAUAUUGAAAGAGAAGUAACACCCCUUUCUUUUGUCGAAGAGGAGGAGUAUAUUAAACAUUCUACAGAAGUACCUCAUGAUGUCAGCAAACCUAUCUCUGAGUCACUAAAAGACCAAGAAUUUAAUGACAAAAGGCAGUUGGCCAGCCUGAUUGCUGAAGAGGGAAAAUUAGAUACCGAACAGAAUUUAGUGAGUGAAACAAAGCAAGAAGAAAAGAAAGAGGACAUUAUGGUACGUUCUGUAGAUAAAUCUGUAUCUGAAGAGCGAGAGCAGGAAAUAGUUGACCAGUUCCAAGCAGGUGAAAAUGUACUUCGUGAAUCAUUUGAAACAUCCUUAGGUCAACUUGCUGAAGAAGCUGCCAUCAUUAGCGUUGUAGGUGGUGAUACCACAGUGAAGGAAAUUACAGAGCAGUCUGUUAAAACCACCGCGAAAAAAUCUAAACCUGUUGAAUCUGUUGUUUCAAGUAUUGAUGACAUUGUUUCUGCAAGCCCUGACCAUGCAUUAGAGUCAACUGAAAUUCCUUUUGCAGCUGAUGAAAGUGAGUUACCGAUGGAUCGUCCAUUAUUAUCUACAAAAACUGAUAUGAAGCCUGGAGAAGAGCAUGUUCAGGAUAGGAAGGUGGAAAUUAUCCAAGAAGAAUUUGUGCAUGAACUGAAAACAACUGAUUUGAAGCAUGAGCAGUAUAUCCAGCCAAUCCAGGAAUUUGAAAGCGAAUUGAUUCCUUGUGCGUUUGUGAACACAGCAUUUGCUGGCGCAGAAUUAAUUGAUGAAGUAGAGCAAUCAGCUUCCAUUCGCGCACGUAGUCCGUACGAAGUAAUUCGUGAAGAGCAAUCUUCGAAAAUUGACCAGAGGGAAGAAUUUUCUGUGCCGGAAGAAACCGAAGAUCUUCGAAAUAGCAGUAAAAUAAGUUUCGUAUCGAGACACGCAGACAUACAUCGACGGCCUAUUUUACAGCAUAUCCCUUCAGAAAUAUCAGAAGAAGAUUUAGUUGAAAGAGAAAUCACAUCUCCUAUAAGGCAAGACUUUGAAGUUUUUGGUGAAGAUGAAAUCAAAUUAUCUGAAAUUGCUUUUAAUGAAGUAUCUUUCCAAUCAUCUCAGGAUUUAAUAAAGGAUGAGUUCAGUGGAGAAGCAGACACAAUGCAUAGUAAAAAAGAAACCACAACAAUAGUGAAUGGAAAUAUUAUAAGCGAAAGUGUUGAGGAAAUUUGCUCUUCCCCUCAAACAACAAGAAUCGUAACUACCACCGUGAAAAAAACAGUGAUUAAGACUGUUUCUGAACUUGAUGCUAGUGGUUCUGGAAUGAAUGGUGACGAUGCUGUAGGUACAAAAUUACCACCCCAUGAAAUUGAACUGAAAAGUGAAACUUCUGAAUACGUUGCCAAAACAGAUGAUGCCACCACUCCAGAGUCAGAUACUGGUAUACCAACAAGUCCAUUCGAGGUUUUGAGUGAGAGUGAGCUAAGUGAUGGGGAACACAGAAGUGCACAUAUUUCAAUGUCCCCAACUGUACCUAAAAGUAGUACCGAGAAGUCUCAUGAUUCGGUAAUUAUGACAAUGCAUUCCCAAAGCUUUACUGAUAAAACUAUAUCCGCUGGUAUUUCUAAAGAUUUUAGUGAUAGCGAAACAUUAAAUGAAAAAUCUCAGUGUGAGGAACUGCAGUUGCAGUCUGAAGGAGAAGCUGUUUUACCUGCUAAAUUAUCAUCCGGUAUACAACAUGCGUCUGAUGAACAUCAAAAAUUAGAUGCAACUCGUGUUUUAAAUGGUCCGGGUGAAGUUGAUUAUCAUAAAGAAUAUGAUUAUGAUAGUGAAUUUUCACAAACAGUAAGUUAUGAAGAUAAUUGUAUCUUCGAUGAUAUGUCAUGUACUGAACCACGAGCAUACGAAAUUCAAGAACCUGAAGACGUGAAAAAAAGUCGGUACAGUAGUAUUUCAGAUGAUGGUGUAGACAUGGAGAUAAAUGAAAUUUUAAGAUCAGAACAGCAAUUAGAAGACAUAAUUGAAAGACCCGUUACCCCCGAACCUCCCAAGGAAGGAUUAUCGAAUGCCUGCACUGAAAAACUUGGAUUCGAUUUAUCGCUACCGUGUGCUGCACUCGAAGAUGACUAUGUAGUGUCUGAUGACGGAGAUCAAAUUGUUUCAUCACCUGGUUUUAGUCCAGAUGAUUCGAAGACUCGAUUCGCUUAUGGUAUAGAGUUUGAAAAGGAGAUUUUGGAUGUUCCCGAAGAAGCUAUGGAUAUUGAUAGUGAUCAGUAUAGCGAGGAAAAAGAAUCAUCGUAUGCUUAUGCUAUGCGAUUCGAAAGAAAUCCUGAACUGGAUGAAGAAGAUAUUCCUUGUUAUGGUGACUUGUAUACUCACGAAGAAGAAGAUGAAGAUGCACUAGAAAAUGGGGACAAAAUUAAAGUAGUUUCUAAAUCUGAUAAAGAUCCGGAAUUUGAUAUUUUAGCUGGUCGCAAAUAUUUCUCAAAAAAUGUUGAACUUGAUGAUUUAUCGAUGUCUUCUCUUCAGGAAUUUGAACGUAUCGAAGCUGAAAUUGUUUCAGGUCGAAAAUCUAGUAUUGGGUCUUUGGAUUCACUGAAUGGAAAACCCCCAGUUAGUAAAAGUGGAGAACAUGAUGAUGUUUCAAUGAGUUCUUUAACUGAAUUUGAACGAUUAGAGAGAGAAUGUACCGAAUCCGAAAAAAUAGACCCAGCAAUGCAAGAAAGUAUUACACAGCUGUCAGAGAUUGAAGAAGGGCACGAAAGUCAAGCAUCCGAAACUAGUCAGGAAAAUAAAUCGGAUGUGGGUAAAGAAGAAGACCUGAGUAUUGUUGAAGAUUACAGUAAUCAGCUUGAAAGUAUUGAGGAAAUAAUGUUGGAAGCUAAAGAUCAGCUACCUUUCCAAUAUCUUAUUAAGAAAACUCAAAUAAUUGACAAAUCCUACGAGGGAAAAGCCGAAGAACAAACAACUGAAGAUGAAUCUUUAAGUAUUGAUGUACAAUCUGCUGAUACUAAAAUUAAAGAUCGUAUUCAUAGUAGUAAUGUGGAAGUGCGUACUAUGUAUAAAACAUCUGAAACAACCUAUCUAGUUCCAUCCGGCGAGACACAAGAUGAUGAUUUUAACAAAAAUGUAAGGGAUGAUGAUCUAGAUCAAGAUUCUUUGCAUGACGAUCAAGAUUCUUUACAGCAAAUGCUUUCUUUAAAACCCGAUUCUCUUACUGAAGACAUAAAGCAUGAAUUCCAGGACUCCUUACGAGAGGAAAAAUUUGACGAUGCUGAUUCACUGCAAGGAGAAAUUCCCGAUGAAAUGCGUGAUUCUCUUUUGGAAGAGAGACAUAUAGAAGAUGAUUCUCUUCGAGAUAUGGAUAUAUUACCAGAUGAGUCAUCAUUAUCUCUGGAAAGUAGCAUUGCUGCUGUUAUAUCUCAUGAUUCAAGUAAAACAGAUGAUCGUGUAAAAGUUAAAGAUCAAACUGGAGAAGUGCAUGAAGUAACUAAGCGUUCUAGCUUGGGAAGUGCCCUAGAAUCUUUUUUGACAACCGAAAAAGCAGAAGUAAUUGUUUCACAUUUGCCUAAAGGGGAUUUAAUGCUGUCUAGUACAGAUUCCUUGGAACAAAGCAGUUCUGCUGCUGCUUUUCACUUAGAAACUGAUACUGCUAUGUCUUCGAGUUUAAAUAGUGCAAUUACAUCAGAAGAUUAUACCAUGAUAUCUAGUACUGAUACGCUAGAGCAGGAAGGAAGAAUAACUUUUAGGUACGAAGACAUACCAGUUGAUGAAUUAGAAGUAAUUAUUAGGGAUGGCCGUCAAGUUAUAGUUGAUUCUGAAGGUAACAUUCAAGCGCAGUAUGAUGCAAAACACUACAUAGGAGCUGAAGAUAAUGUAAACAAUACUUUAAGUUUCUCAUCUAAAGACUUGUCAACCGUAGAACAUCCUUCAACCAGUACUGUGCAGGUCCAUUCUGCUGUUACAACUGUCAGUUAUAUUGGUGAACCGCAGAAAUUUCAAAGUCAUAAAAUAUUUCAUUCUGCAGCUGAUCAAGGAACUAGUGAUUCAGAAUAUGAGUCUUCGCAUUUUGAUCCUGAUGUUGAAGUAGAAGAAAUUCAUACCACGGAUGAAUUUGGAAAUCCUAAAGUAAUUAAGAAAAUUAGAAGGGUCAUCCAAACUAAAAAUCAGUAUUCCUCGUCUUCUUCCUCUCAAAAUGUGGAAGAAAAAUUGAAGGAAUUUCUGAGAGAACAUUCCGCUGGUGAAAGUGCUGGUUGUGGUGAAGAAGAAAUAAAAGAAGAGAGAACUAUAGAUGAUAAAGGUAAUGUUGUACUUAUUCGAACUGUGCAGCAACAGAUACUUUCAGAACCACAAGUACAUUCCAGAACUUUCAGGGGACCUGAUGCUGAUACUCAUUCUCGUGAAUUUAUAGAGACAUUUCAACAAUUGGAUCCAACUGAAAAUGUGUGUGAAUAUGAAAAAAUAGAUGAACAGUGUAAUGUUGUAAGGGUUACUCAACAAGUUGUUGUGAAACCAGAAAUGCACACUGUAUCUUUCAGUGGUCCUGAUGCUCAUAAGCAAAUGGAGGAAUAUAUGAAACAAUGGACAGCAAUGUCUCAAAGUAGGGAGGACUAUGAUGCUGCCAGACUACCACAUUUAUUCCAGAGUACUCACGUGUCCAGCUCCAGGGAAGAACCUCAGGAAUAUAUGCCUUCAGAAGGCUUAGGUUGUGAUGUAACUGAUGGUCGAACUAUCACUAAAACAAUCGUAUCAAGUUUACCAUCUGAAUCUUCAGAACAGAUGGUUGUGCACACAACAACUACGAGUAGAACAUCUGUAUCUUCAUUUGGAACUGAAGACGAACCACCGAGUGAUUCAAAAGAUCAAAUGAAACAAUCUAAACAAGAAUAAGCUUAUGGACGCUUUAUGUUGAGAUUGGAGAUAAAAUAAGACCAAGUUCGCCUGUCCAUUGAAGUGCCGAAGCGAUUAUUCCUUCGUUGUGCGAAAUUUCCUAGGAAUGCCAGCAUUCUAUUUAUCUUCUUGACUUUUUAAGCCGUUUUCGUGUAUACUUUAAAGGCCUAAUACUUGUCUGUUUUCUCAUAUAUUUAAAUUUAAGUAUCCUGUAAGGCAGAAUUUACUUAAAAGUGUUGUUAAUAUCUAAUUUGGUAUUUUUAAUCUCAAAAGUCUUAUUUUAUUUUUUAUUUUUUUUUUUUUUUUUUUUUUGAAAAAAAAAUAAGGUUUCUGAGUAAUUCCAAUUUACAGUUAUUUUCUUCUGUUUUUGUCUGCAUGGACGCUUGCAGUAUGUUGACGCAAUCAUUAUUUUCCGUUCAUUUGACUGCUUUUAUAUAUACCAUACAUGGUUUUCUUAACGCUGUGUGAUUUGAAGAUAGCCUGCUUUAUUAAAUAAGAGUUACAUUUUGUUACAAGUUAACGUCCAGUUUUCAACUAUGUUGUUUAGGCUUUUCUUCAUUUUUUGAACUUCAAAUUUUGCAUACACUUACGACCACAUCAUCUUCCAAAUAAGUGGUAUUAUUUUGACUAUCAUAAUUAGCAGUUUCUGUGCAAUAUAAAAAGAGUGCUGUCGUAUCUCACUAGUAAUAUAAAUAAAAGAAAUAAAGAGUGCCUGCCGUUUGUUUAUGUUUUCGUGUAUUUAUCGGCAAUAGUAUUGAGCAUUAUCCGAGUAGCUUGAAAUACAAAGUGCCCUUCUCAAAUAUUAAGUUGCUACAAGUCUUGAAUAAUAGUAGUCAUGGUAUCUAUCAAGUAAAUUUGGCUACCAUUUUCAGAGUAAUCAAUGAUGCUGUUUACUUAAUGGACAGUAUAGCUUGGUUACGCAGAAUACUUCACUACUAUACAUAUUAAUAACUGAAUGUAAUUUAAGUAAGAUUCAAUGACGUAAAAGUUGUUUAUAUGCAAGUGAUAGAUAUCUUUUCAGUGCCUGUAUCAGGGUAUCAAAUUUAUUACAAGAGUGGAAAACAGUUCGUUACAUUAUUUCACCAAUCUGAUGAAAUGCGAAACUAGAUUCAUCAUUAUUUAUUUCUGUUGCAGUCAUUUCUGAAAAAAGAUCAUUCUAUUUAUACUGAUACAGCAAUGGAACUGUGUCAGUAAUAUUCACUGUGCUACGUAAAGUAUAUGUUGAAGAUGCUUUGAAUUGCAGUUCUCCCCAAAACACUUUUUUAACCAUACUUACAUUUAUCGCAGCGUUUUUAACCUACAACUUGAAAUAAAGCUUCAGUAGUGCGAGAGAAUGGUUUUCGAACAGGUCAUCAUAGAUACUGAUUAAAACGGAAUCUAAUGUACGAUAUUAAAUUUGUAUAAAUUAUGAUUUAAAGAUAAUAUGUAUUUUAAUUCAUUUACAUUGAUAAUUGUGUGUUCACAUUUGGGAUAUUUUGAAAUAUGUUUGAAUAAUUAACUGUAAUAAAUAUAUGUCAGUGUAUUGAAAUAAUCUAAAUGAAUUGAAUGAAAAUUUCUGAUAUAUAUAUUUUUAUUAGAAGUUUAUUUGUUAUGAAAAUGAAGAAAUAUGACUCUGUUAAUGUUAUUUAAUGUUUAAAGGAAAAAGAAAUGCUAAUUUUGAUUUACAUUGCUUAAAUUUUAUUUAUUUAUUUAUAUUUUUUCAGAAAUAUAAGAUUGAACGCAUUUCUUUCAAGUUAUAUUACUAUAUGAACAUUUAUGAAGAACUUUACGUCACAUAUUAACCAAAUACAGCGUCUGAAUGAGUCAUGUAAUUUUAUUUCAAAUCAAAAUUACUUUACAAUAUAUUAAUAUUUUUCAGUAACCAAUUUUGAGUUUAAUCACCAAUCUAAAUCACUGCUUGCCUUUUUAUAUGAGAAAAAACAUGUUUGUAAGGAAAAAGUAGAACGAUUGCAAGGAUUCCUUAAAUCUGGAGCAUAAGGCGGUAAUCAGAUUUAGAUUCAAUUAUUUCUCAGAAAAUAGCGAUGAAAAACUUUUUACGAUUCUAAAGCAUAAUAACUACGUUUAUUUAAAUAGUUAUAAUCGAUGUGUGAUUUAUAAAUGUACCUAAUUUUUAAGCUUUUAAUUUAUCCCCUUUCUGAAAUUUGUCUUUCCUAAAAGAGAUUUUAAGAUAUGCAAAAAUUUAGAAUUAUAUUUGUGGAUUACCGUUGCCUUGUUUCAAUAGGCACAAUUAAAAAUUCUUUAUCAUCCUAAGUAAAUAUUAGUUAGUUAACAAACGAUUACUAAAUUAGUCAAAUUUCUAAAGAAAAGAAGAAUUAAAAAUACCAUGUUUAAAUAUUAAGGUGUGGAUGGAAAUCCACACCUUAAAUCUCUAAAAACAAAAUAAUUAUGAAAUGGUGCAUAGUCAUCAAGAAGUAAUGUAACUGUUUGUGCUACAGUUUUAUACUCUUAUUGUGCUCUAUUUAUCAUAUUAUGUUUACAGCUUUUCUUUUUUAAUCUGUUAGUGCUCAUACUACGAUAAAUGUGUUUUUCUUGUGCUUCGGAAACCUGUACUGUGGUGUUCUGUCUGGUUCUGCCACUUUAUGAAGCAUGUUAAUGCUUCAGUCUUUUGAGCUUUAUAGUGGAAUUGGAGAAUGUAGCUUUUUUUUAUGGAAGUGUUACUGCUCCUUUCCUCGUGUGUAGCUCAUGGUAUUAGAUUAGACAAUUUUUGAAAAUAAUAUGUAUUUUUAAAAAUUUGAUCAUUAAUCUAUUUUCUGAUGAUAAUUUAUGUAUUAGAACGUACAGAAUAAUUUUGGGCUAUUUGCAGAAAUAAAAUUAAUAUCUGUUCCAAUGACAGCAAGCUAAGUCAUGAUUUUAAAGCAUAAAAUCUCAAAUUCGAUCAUACCCGAAGUAUCAGUAAAUUAGAGGAAACGAACACACGAGCACUGAGUACUUCUUUAAGAGAAAAGAGCUGUAUCACAUGGUUCUAUGCAGCUAAGGACUGUUGUCGGUGAUAUUUCACACUUUCCAGACCAAGAGAUGAACUGCCUGGCGCUGACGAAUGUAUAUGUCUUCAGUCUAUGAAUGUGGUUACGAUGCUUGUGAUGUGCACUUAUACCCUGGAUACUCUAUAGCGAGUGCAUCUUUUAGUUUCAAUAAAUACAGCUUAUUUCUAUCAA